AUGGCGGCAACUAAGAGAAUUGUGGUUGCUGGCGGAAGCGGAUUUCUGGGUUCCAGAAUAUGCAAAUCAGCUGUAGCUCGAGGAUGGGAGGUGGUGUCGUUGAGUCGACACGGCGAACCAGCCUGGGGAACUGUUACAUUGUCCUCGCAUGCGCCGCGGUGGGCAAAGUCCGUUGAAUGGGCUAAAGCCGAUAUCCUAAAACCUGCCACCUAUAAACCGUUCCUCAAAGACGCUUCCGCGGUGGUCCAUUCUAUGGGAAUACUGUUAGAGGCGGAUUACAAAGGAAUUGUGCAGGGCAGGGAAUCGGUAAUUAGUGGGCUACAGAAACUGUUCGCAACGUCAAGACCCGGAAGCCAGAAUCCGUUGCAAAGGCAAGAGGGAGAAGAAUUGACCUUCUCUGGCGGUCAAUUAACAUACGAACUCAUGAAUCGGGAUUCUGCUGUGGCUCUCGCGCAAGAAGCCGUUUACGAGAACGUCCCGACGUUUGCCUUCAUAUCAGCCGCAGCCGGAGCUCCAGUGGUUCCGGAAAGAUAUGUCACAUCCAAAAGGGAUGCGGAGGCCCUCAUCUCCUCCAGCCUCCCUGACCUCCGCAGUAUUUUCAUAAGACCGACUUUCAUGUAUGAUUCAUCGCGGAAACUAACACUGCCUAUUGCGCUAGGUGGGAUCGUAGGAUCGGAAGUGAACGCGCUCCUGGGAGGACGGCUUUCAUUUUUGGGAAUGAUGACCGCGAAGCCUCUAAACGUCAAUAUUGUCAGCGAGGCUGUGGUGGAGGCAAUUGGUGAUGAUAAUGCCCAAGGUGUUGUGGGACCUAAAAAGAUUGAGACGUUGGCCACGAAGGGUUGGAGAAGAUCUAUGUUGUGA